UUGCCUAAUUCAUUCUGACAUGCAUGCUCACCGAAAUCAGCUACGAUAGAACGGACACAUGAUAUGUUUAUAAACCGGGUGGAAGGAUUUUUAUGGUUGGACCUUAAUUCGUAUGAACAAUAGACUAUGUGGUGACCAUUUGAUUAAUCGCCACGCCUUAAUUAAGCAGCAUUAAAUACGUUUUGUUUUAGGCUUAUUUGACUGCAGUUUGAAAUAUUGUUGGGUGUUCAUAAACGGGAUCAGCUGAUGAUGGCGGUCGCCACGGAGCAAGUCAACUUCACAACAGCAUUUGUGGAUACCGCUGGCUAUGAAGAGCUGAGGAAACACAUACGAGAAAGCACCGAAUUUACCAAGGAACUUGCACUUGUCUUAGAAGAAAGAGCUGAAGUAGAAAUUGCAUAUGCUAAGCUUCUCAACAAACUCACUGUCAAAGCCAAUAAAAUCACGAAAUUAAAAUCUGGGACACUUUGUGCAGCAUGGAGUAUUCUUUGUGGACAAUUCGACGCAGAAGCUACUAUUCACAAAACUGCAGCAGAAACGAUUAUGAAAGACAUUCAGAAACCGUUAAAGAAAAUGUCGGAACAGCAAGCGAAGAGCUAUAAACUGUUUGAAGCUCCUGUUGAUAAAGCAGUGAAGUCUAUGAAUGAUUCGCGAGCUGAACUCAUGAAGAAACGGAAAUCUGUAUACAGUAAAUCAAAAGACUCUCAGGUUGUAGUGAACCAGGCGAGCAACCCAAACAACUCAAAAGGGAAACCUCUUUCAGAUAAAGAAAUAUCAAAGCUGAAGGGUAAGAGUCAAAAAUCAGAAGAAGGCGUGGCUAAAUCUGAGCAGGAGUAUGUCAAGCAGUUAAUGUUAGCUGAGAAGACUAGGCAGGAUCAUGAGAUUGCUCUAGUCGAAGCUGCUUCUACUGUUCAAAAACUUGAGAUAGAACGAAUCAAUCAACAAAAAUCACUACUCAAUCUUUACACCCAGACCAUCGUAAAUAUGACGCCUAAAAUUAAAACGUGUUGUGAUCAAAUAAACAGCGCACUCUCUGCUGUUCAACCAGAAGAUGACGUAAUCGCUAUCGCCAAGGCUAAAGGGAAGCCCCCUCAACCAACAUACCAACUCCUCAUGGAUGCCUACCAAGAAGAGAUUGGUAAUGGUAUGUCACUGAAUCAACGCAAGACGUACGUAGCAAGGCAGAUUAAACUCAUUGAUAAUGAGAUCGCCAAGGAGGAAAAGAAAAGGGAUGACAUCUCACGGAACCAGAAGAACAGUAGUGUCAAAUCAACCAAAGGUGUCCAGACUGGUAACAUACACAUACAAAUCAUGCAUUGUGAUGACAACAUAAAUAUGUUGACAGCGUCAAAGUACAAGCUAUUAGCUUCUAUUGCUGAGAUGGAUGGCAAGCAAAGACCAGUUAGUGGAAUGGCUCAAUUCAUACGAAUUAAUAAAGAUAAACAGGGGACAACAGUUUCAACCCUCCAUUACCCCCGCACCAACGCCCCAGAGCCGAAGUCGACACGUAACAUCUCCGCAGUACCAUCUUUGGCGAUCGUUACUGUUGCCGCUGCUGCUCCAGUCGCUGCUGCAGCUCCUGGUCCACCAGGAGCCGUAGCAGCCUCUGCUGUGGUAGCGGAGAAGGCUCCCGCUCCUGUGCCUCCUGCUGGAGCUACUGCGGCUCCACCACCACCUCCACCAGCCUACCAAGAGUCAGACACGACAAGGGUGCUUGGACAGUGCACUGCCAUUUAUGACUUUGACGCCACGGAUGAGGAUCAAAUUGAUAUUAAAGAAGGUGACGUCAUCAAUAUUGUUGAGAAAGGUGAAGAUGGUUGGUGGAAAGGUGAGAGAGGGGGUAAGAUAGGUCUCUUCCCAGCUUCCUACGUCAAAGGAGAUACGGACAACGACAAGGAUGAUGAUGAUGGCAACGAUCAGGUGUAACCGAUGUCCUUAUUGCUAAAGCCUUAAAGGGAUACUUCAAACUAUGGUGAUUUUAACAGAUAGAGUAAAAUCGGACAAACACACUGAAAAUUCCAUUAGAAUUAGACAAGGAACGACAAAGUUGUAACACGGGUUUUACUUAAUAUGUCCUAAUGAAUAUGAAUGACAGAGCUGAUAACGUCAUAUCCCCACUAAUCAUGCUAAAAAAGUGUGUUUUAUUUUUAUACGAAAUUAUUUUAAUUCAGAUAUUCUGCUCCAAUGGUGAAAAUGUGAUUUACUUAUGAUUUUCUUUGUUAGAUGACCAUUGUUAAUAACACACUCGUAUGAAAACAUGAAAUAAUUUUGAUUGCAUUUUGUAAACUUAAAUAUUUAAUAUCUUUAAUUUUACUCUAUCAUAUGAUAAUUUUAGUUGGGAGUAACCCUGUAUAAGGAGCGAGGUUGGAUCAAGUGAGCUCUGAUCCUUCUACGACCAACGACUUUCUUAAAUACCUUAUAUUUUAUGGUUAUGGGCUGGCCAGUGUCAAGUAAUUAAUGGAAUUAUAUUGUUGGUAUAUCCGUAGGUUCAAGAGAAAAAAAAUGUCAAAAUGUAGUAAACCAGUAAAGGUUUAGCAUUGCAUGAAGAACAAUUUAUAAAUAAAAUUGUUUCGAAUGAUGCUAUGUAUAACAGAAAGUAUAAAACAUUUGAAAUAUGAGUAUAAAUAAUAUGUAUAUCAUUAUAUCAGACGCGAUGCCAACCACUGGGAUUUUCAAGUAGAUGGGGGGGGGGCAUGGUACAAAA